GUAUAAUCCGAAAAAAUAUUAGUUUUAUUUAGAGAUAAUAUUAAUUUUAGUUUUAUGUCUAUUAAACAUUAUGUAACUUAAUAUUAGUUUUUGUUUGUCUGAAACGGGAUAAAGAAGAUUCUUCAUUAAGAUUAAAAAUGUUUGAUAACUGGAAGUUAACAUGUCUUACACAAGCAUAUUUAUGAUAAGAAAAAAGAAUUAUAUAAAAAAGAUCAACUAACUGAUAGGCACUGAUAACUGAGGAGUGAAAUAUUCAUAGUCCUAGUCACUUCAGUAUUAUUUUAGCUCGGUAAUAAAAUUAUGAAUUAUAGCCCUCUUAGAAAACUAUAAAAUAUAUAAUCUUUGAUAAAAGUUCUUAGCAGACAAAUUUCAAAUGUUUUCAACUGGAGACAAAAACAAAUCACACUGAUGUCGCGUUGCCUUACCGAGAAAAUGAGAUAAUGGCAAACAUUUUUGGCACAGCUAAGGCCAAAUUUAAACUGAGGCGAACGUCGCGAGAACACAAGGAAGGAAAACGAAACAGCAGCUCGACCCCACCAACAAAACAUGACCUAUCUGUUUUAUAAGUCAAUGACUGAUGUCGAUGCAAAUAAAGCAGACAUACUUAUUACCACCCGAACCUUCCCGAAGCGCGGUCGUGUGUGACGGAAAAUAAAAUUGAAUAAAAAAAAUAGUAUUAAUAAUGAGACGGUAUUUGUGUUAGUGGAUAUUGAGAUAAGAUAAGUAGUGUAAGAAAUAAAUCCAAAAUGACGAUACCAGCUGCCAACCAAAUGGCCAAUGUCAUCCAAGGAUUUGACACCAAGGUCCAGCCUUCACGAAUGAAAAUAAUGAUGAAUUGGUGGUCAGUGCAGUUCAAAGUUAUAGUUUCCGAGUUUACGACAACGAUGUUGUUGCUCUUUCUGGGAUGCAUGACAACUAUACCGUUGGACGGUUUUGAUAUUCACCCGCCGAUGUACUCCGCGAUAGGUUUCGGUACUGUUGUUUUAUUUAACAUCGCGUCCUUCGGACAUAUAUCAGGGGCACAUAUGAACCCGUCAGUUACAUUAUCCGCUUUGUUAUGGGGCAAUUUGACUCUACCUUUGGGAAUAGCAUAUGUUAUCGCUCAAUGUCUCGGAGCUAUCGUGGGUUAUGGAUUAUUAGUCGUAGUUUCUCCCGUGAAUUUGAUUGAAGAAUGUAUCUGUAUGACAACACCGCACCCUAACCAUGCGGUGUACCAAGCUAUUAUAGUGGAAAUAAUAUUAUCUUUAGCUUUAGGAUUUAUCAAUUGUUCGGUUUGGGAUCCGGUUAAUAAGGAAAAAGUAGACGGAAUUCCUUUGAGGUUAGGUUUUACGAUAGUUGCAUUGUCGCUAGCUGGAGGACCUUUAACAGGAGCUAGUAUGAAUCCAGCGAGGUCAUUGGCACCGGCGCUUUGGACAGGAAAUUGGUCCCAGCAUUGGAUCUACUGGGUCGGUCCGCUCAUCGGUGGAGCAUUAGCACCCAUAAUAUAUAAGUUGAUGUGGUUGAAAAAGGAAAAGCCAUACGUAUAAAUAUAUUUCAAAGGUUAACAGAGUCAAACAUAUGAAGACAAAUAAAAGUCUGAUAUAUAUUUUAUACAUGUGCCAUUAAAAAACCGAUAGCAUGUUAUAAAUAUUUCAUUAUGUCAGGAUUUGGCUGUUAGUAAGUAAUUAUUGAAAAAAAAAACAUAAAACAUUUAUUUUUUGUCGAAUUUUUAUUAUUUAUGUUUGUAUAAUAAAACUUAAAAUAUUAUUAUUAUUGUAUGUCUAGUAAGUUAUUUACUUUAAUGCACUUUCUUUAAGUCUUUUUGUACAGUUUUAUAUAUUAUUAAAAAAAAACUAGUUAUUAUUUUUUAAAAAUAUUCUUAUAACAUUAUCAUCACUUUAAUGGAAACAUAGAACACCCUGUAAUUGAAAUAAUUUUUGAUAAUUUAUUUUUUUAUGUAAUUUAUUGAUAUUGAUUUUUUUAGAAAUGAAUAAAAUAGAAUAAUUUAUUUAAAGGCGACAUUAAAAUGAUAAAAUUGGUAUCGUAAAUUUCCAGGGGGUUUAUGUAAUCUUGGAUUAGGCAAUCUUAUCGUUUGUAGAUUAAAAAAAUAAGUUAACAUCUGAAUUCAUUUAUGUUAUAUUGUUUUUGUAUAUAACGUAGUGCCUACUUCGUUGUAAGGAAAUAUAUAUAUGUAUAUAUAUUUUUGUUAUAUUCUGACAUGUUAAUAUUAUAGCACGUUUGUGUUAAUAAAUAUUACAUUAUAAGCAACAUAACAUAUAUUUUUCUAUUAGUCAUCAUCGAAAAAUAAAAAGAAUCGUCCUUUACUUUAAAUAUUCUGUUUUUGUUGUGUAAAUUUCUUAAGACUUGUAUUGAUAAAAAAUAAAUUUUAAGAUCUUUCGUGAUCAUGUAUGUGAUACGCAUCUGUCUGAGAAAUAUUAUCCUGCUUCCUCGCAGGAUAACCAUUGAAUUCGAAACAUUCAAGAUCUCUGUAUGUAAAAAAUAUAUUAUUAUUGUUAUUAUUAUUAUUA